AUGAAAUUUCUGAAUCUGCUAUUUUUGCAUUUAUCUUUCGCGGAAAAUGGCUCUGGCUACACUUUGAUGAGAGAAAAUGUGUCCUACUUUUGCUACGAUGACUUUUUAAUGCAGACGAGCUUAGAGCGUUCCCAGGCAGAUUGUUUAGAAUUCUGCGCGAGUGUUUAUGAUCCAGAGGAUGACUUCAGACCUGCAGGACCGUUUAACUACGCGCUUUAUGCGAAAGAAGAUGGGGCCUGUUUUUGCCAGACGCUUUGCUACUUACGCCAUUUGCCGGACGAGUUUCUUCCCGGCCAAAGAAAAAGUUCUAAAAAAUGA